CCCAUGGUAGAACCAGCCAAUGUGUCCACGGCAGUCAAUCGACUUCAGGAUCGACAUUCUUAGUCCGGUGUACCAGCGCUGACACGUAUUCAACUGUUUACGUGUCUGAAGUCAACAGUGCUAGUGCUGAACGGCACAUUUUUGUUUGGGACCCAGGUUUCCGUUUGAAAACAGUGGUACACAGUUUCAUAACAGAGACAUGGAGUCCGGAGCAUGCGACGCGACUGCAGGGGCUCCGUAUGUUGAAUCAACCUCAGAACAGGGUGAGAAAAGUCAUGAGAGCACGCCAGCCUCAAACAAACCAGCCAGCCCUGUCCAGACACCCCCUGAGGGCAGGAUGAAGCGCCUCUUUGGGUUUGAGAAGGACGACCUGUCCUCGUGGCACCGGCUAGUGUGCCUGCUGAAUCGUCCCACUGAUCCUGCCUCGCUUGGCAUCUUCCGAUGCCUGUUCGGACUGCUGAUGGCUGUGGACAUCACACAGGAGAGGGGUCUAAGUCACCUAGACUACAAGUACCUGGAUGGGGCACCCGUAUGCCGGUUCCCGCUCUUCAAUUUCCUGAAGCCUCUCCCGUUGGAUUGGAUGUAUCUGGUCUACCUGGUGAUGUUCUUUGGUGCCGUUGGCAUUAUGCUUGGCUGUUUUCAUCGGCUUUCCUGCCUCAUGUUCAUAUCCACCUACUGGUACGUGUUCUUCUUGGACAAGACAGCCUGGAACAAUCACUCCUACCUCUACGGCCUCGUGGGCUUCCAGCUCACGCUGAUGGACGCCAACAGAUACUGGUCCAUUGAUGGACUGCGUAACCCCAGAAAGAGGAAUGCCCAUGUGCCUUUAUGGAAUUACACCAUCCUCAGAACUCAGAUAUUCAUUGUGUACUUCAUCGCUGGGAUCAAGAAGCUCGAUGCUGAUUGGGUAGAGGGCUACUCCAUGAAAUACCUAGCACAUCAUUGGUUGUUUGAUCCAUUCAAGGUGAUUCUGCCGGUGGACAUGGUGAGCGUGAUGGUGAUUCACGGCGGCGGACUGAUUCUGGAUCUCACGGCCGGAUAUCUGCUCUUCUUCGAUGCCACGCGACCUUUGGCCUUUUUCUUUGUCAGUUAUUUUCACUGCAUGAACUCCCAGCUCUUCAGUAUAGGGAUGUUUUCCUACACCAUGCUGGCCACCAGCCCACUGUUCUGCUACCCAGACUGGCCAAGGCGUUUUUUCGGCCGUUUCCCAUGGUUCCUCAAACCAAUACUUCCACUUUCGUCGCCACCCCCUCAGCCCAGUUCCUCUUGCGUAUAUCCGAUUGCUCCGAGUGUGCCCGGAGAACGGCAGGAGACCAGCGAACCUCCAAAAGCUCCCAAACUGCGACUGAAGCACAAACUAGGAGCGAUUUUCACCAUCGUUUACAUCGCUGAGCAGUUGUUCCUCCCGUACUCCCACUUCAUCACACAGGGCUAUAAUAACUGGACCAAUGGACUGUAUGGUUACUCGUGGGAUAUGAUGGUUCACUCCCGCUCUCACCAGCACGUGAAAAUCACCUACAAAGAUGGCGUAACCGGGGAGGUCGGAUAUUUGAACCCAGGGGUGUUUACGCAGAGCAAGCGCUGGAAGGACCACGGAGACAUGCUGAAGCAGUACGCGACCUGUCUCAGCCGCAAUCUGCUCUCCUACAACAUCACCGACCCAGAGAUCUACUUCGACAUAUGGGUGUCCAUCAACGACCGUUUUCAACAGAGGAUCUUUGACCCUCGCGUUGACAUCGUGAAAGCCGAUUGGUCGCCUUUCCGCCCAAACCCUUGGCUCAUGCCUCUCCUCGUCGACCUUUCGCCCUGGAGAACUAAGUUUGAGGAGAUCGAGGACACGUUAGACAACCAGACAGAAGUCGUCUUCAUCGCAGAUUUCCCAGGUCUGCAUCUUGAGAAUUUUGUCAGCGAAGACCUGGGGAACACUAGCAUUCAGGUUUUACAAGGUCUGCUGAACGUGGAGAUUGUAGAUGAGAAAAAGAACUACAGCCUUCACCCAGGAGAAAAGAUGCAGCUUCCAGCAGGAGCCUACCACAAGGUGCACACUGUGUCAGAUGAUCCGUCCUGUUACAUGUACAUCUAUGUGAACACUACUGAGGCUGAGCUGCAGAAGAACUUCACUAAACUAUCUGAGCUCCAGGAGAAAGUGCGCAACGGAACAGAGACAGAACCCCUUCCUCCAGAGCUUCAGCCGCUGGUCACGGGGCUGGACCCUAACGGCUCCGAGCCUGACGUGAUCGACCCCGUGGUUCAGCUCUUCCUCAAACGUCAGCGACGGAUGCAGGAGGUCAAGAAGAGGCGAGAGGCCUCCGUCGUCGAACGCUUCCAUCGCUUCGCUGUCAAGAAGUACUACAUGAUCCGACGAGGGUUCCUCAUGACUGCCAUCGCCGUGCGGAACCUGGCCGUGGGUCUCCCUCCUCUGGAGCAGCUGACCAGGGAGGUAGCGUACGCCAACAUGAAGGAGCCGGAGGCUGAGGCCAAUCAGGACGAAAGGCUCAAGGACGAGGUCGGCCACGGAGAACUGUGAGGAAGCGUUUAGAGGCGUGAACCCGGGAUAGGUACUGAACAGAUGGGCUCGCCCGUCGAUAGAGGAGGAACAAGCAUUGUUUUGGGUUUUUUGGUUUUUUUUAAUAAGGUCAAAUCGUUUUGGAACAUUCCAGAAAUGUCUGUGAUAAAAGAAACAAAGUAUUUUUAUGACUGCUUUACAAAACACUAAGAUUUAUGAAGUUUUCUUUCAAAUGCAGGGUUUUUUUGUUUUUUUUUUAAAUAAUUAUCUUUGGAUUCCAGUUUUGAGAGACAACUGUCAUACAGCGAACACUAUUUUUUGUUGUUGUUGUUGUUGUUGUUUAUGAGAGUGAUGGCACAGUAGGAUAUCUCACUUAACCUGAUUUCGCAGUCAGUCAGAUAAUUCGAGCCAAAAGUUGAAACCGUAAAACUGUCCCGACAGGACUGUUCAUUAGCUGUUCUCCUAUUGGACAGUUUUGUAUUUUUGGCUCCAGUUAUCUGACAGACUUUGGAAUCCUGCUUUGUUUAAAACUCCCGAAGGUUACUGAAACUGUUACAUGACGAUGAGAUUACAGUUCAUCACAGAGUGUUAGUAUUGCACACUCAAAAGGCUUGACUGAUAAUCAUCUCAAAAGCGCGCAGCAAAAACCAGGCAGCCAGAUGGCUACACAACGACGAAAGAAUCUAGAUGAAAUUGCGUCAAGUCUCUCAGAAUUCCUCCGUGAAUCCUGAUUUGAAAAGAGUUAUUCCAUCACAGUGUUUCACGUUCAGAAAGUUGAUCACUGUAUGACUUUUUAGAAUGGUUUUGCAGACCAAACGCUAUCACAGGAAACUAGAAUUUUUU